AAAACCAUCCCUUUUAUUUGCUAAAGAAACCCUAACUACGCGCCUCUUCUGUGUUACACACAGCGGCAGCAACCAUGGUGAAGUAUUCAAGAGAACCGGACAACCCUACUAAAUCUUGCAAAGCUAGGGGUUCUGACCUACGUGUUCAUUUUAAGAAUACACGAGAAACUGCCUUUGCCAUCCGAAAGCUACCUUUGACAAAGGCAAAGAGAUACUUGGAGGAUGUUAUUGCCCACAAGCAAGCAAUUCCGUUCCGGCGCUUCUGUGGUGGAGUUGGGCGAACUGCACAGGCUAAGAAUCGCCAUUCUAAUGGACAAGGUCGCUGGCCUGUGAAAUCUGCAAAAUUCAUUCUCGAUUUGCUCAAGAACGCUGAGAGCAAUGCCGAGGUGAAAGGUUUGGAUGUAGACUCACUUAUCAUAUCUCACAUCCAAGUGAACCAAGCACAGAAGCAAAGGCGCCGAACAUAUCGUGCACAUGGAAGGAUUAACCCCUACAUGUCUUCACCGUGUCACAUUGAACUGAUACUGUCAGAGAAAGAGGAGCCUGUGAAAAAAGAGUUGAUUGUUUUUGCAGCCUGAGACUCAGUUGGCUCCGAGGAAAUCGAAGGGUGCUUCAUCUUAAAUUGCUGAGCGGUGGAUUAUAACUUGGAAACUAUUACAUUUUUCUUUAGUUGUCUCUGUAAUGAGAACAUUUUUGUUUCCUUCACAAUGAGGUGUUUUAAGACUCAAAGUUUGUCUAUGGAGAUUCUUGGUUCUAUGGUGAUUUUGCUUGUAAUACUUAAGUAGCUCGUAAACCUGAUUAAGUUCUAUAUUUGUAUUCUUAUUUUUAUCGAUUCUUUAAAAUAUUCAAACUUAAGCUUGAAA